CUUUUUUGAAGUCAUUAUUUUACAAGGUAAACAAUCAUGGCGGAAGAAGGCGGACCUGACUCUCAAAACAAUCUAAAUCUUACCGAUGAUAAAGUUAAAGUCUUAUCCUUUGAUAUUGACGAGCUUGAUGAUUCUGAAUUUGAUAUUCCCAAAGUUGAUAAUGUGCCCACUUUGGAAAGCAUUCUAAAUGAAGCUGAUGAUGAUGCAUCCAUUCUGGGAGACGAAGAGGCUCCUUCAGCAAGCGUUCCCCAGACAGGCUUGCAUCUCCUUAACACUGGGGAGUCUGUUGAAACAUCGUCAUUGUCUAGCCAGGACAGCCAUGAUUCUAGACGCAAAGAUAGAACAAAGAAACAGAUGCCCACAGUCCAUGGCUCAGUGUUAAAGCCAAGUAAACUGAAGAGUGUUUCUGCUCAGCUACUUUCUGCUGCUGAUAGAGUAGAUGCUGGCAUGCCAACUGCUUUGGUUGUUUCUUCACUAAUAGCUAUUGGUACAUCCCAUGGACUAGUUCUAGUGUUUGACCCUAAACAGGUUCUGAAAUGGUGUCUAGGAAGCACUGCUGUAGGUGCUCAGUAUGGUUCUGUUUCAGCUCUUAGUUUUAAUAGAGACUGCACUCGUCUGCUUUGUGGGUUUGCCAGAGGACAGAUAACAAUGUGGGACCUGACGACUGGUAAACUGCUAAGAACAAUAUUAGAUGCUCAUCCUCCUGGAACUGCUAUAUUACAUAUCAAAUUUACAGACAGCUUUGUACUGGCAGUAUGUAGUGACAGUGGGGGCUCUGUCUUUGAACUAGAAUUCAAGCGUCUUAUUGGCGUUCGUACCUGUGAAUCCCAGUGCUUGUUUUCUGGCAGCCGCGGUGAAGUGUGCACCAUAGAACCACUUCAUAUGAAUUACACCAUCAAAGAUCAUCCUAUGCAAGAUGUCAUACUUUUAGCCAUGGCUUCUUUCUCAAAGGUUUUAUUGGUAAUUCUUAGACCCCAUCUCAAAGUUAUGUUCACACAUCCAUUGAAGGGUGACCCAUCUACACUUCCAUUACUAGCAUGGCAGUUUGUCAUCAUCCAAGUGUCAGAAAAGGAUAGAGUUAUUGACCCUGUCCUUUCAUUUGCUAGAGACAAAACAAUUUAUUUCUUUCAGGUGAUGUGUCAUGGCCCACAAGAUAUAAGAACUGUUGGACUGCAGAAGCUUGAGAGAAACUAUCAGCUACUGAGUAUAACCUGGAUGAAUGCCAGAACACUUGUUUGUUUGGACAGGUCAGAAAAAAUUCAUGUGAUAGAUGUUAGAUCUGAGGAGGAGUUGGAGAUUAUAGAUAUUUCAUCCAUUCAAAUGGUUUAUGGAACAAGUUAUUUUAAGUCACUGGCCACAGGAGGCAAUGUUAGCCAAGCCUUGGCUUUUGCUGGAGACCAGGCUUGUUAUCAGUCAGUGGUCAGUCAUAGUGGUCAACUGUUUUUAUUGGGAACUAAAUCAGUACAUAUGUUUUCUAUUCGUACUUGGAAAGAGAGAAUAAAUGUUUUGGUAAGAGAGAGUCGUUACCCAGAAGCUCUUGCCCUGACACUGUCUUUUUAUAAUGGCACAGCUAAAGCUGUCAUUGGACUGAGUGGUCCUCACAAUAAAAGGAAAGAGAUUGUGGCUGCAGUGUUGAAGGAAGUAUUGUUAGAAUAUGUAGAGAUAGCUAUUACAAAAGCUCCAAAAAAUGGUAAAAUUGAAGACCUUGAAGAUUACUACCAGGACAUAGUUCCAGUGUGUGUGGAUUAUUGUCUUCACUUAAAUAACUUGGAUCUUUUAUUUGAUCGCAUUUAUGAAAGAUUUUCAACUGAUGUGAUAGCCAAGGGAACAUUCUUGGAGUGUUUAGAACCAUACAUGCAGAGUGAUCGCCUGACUUACAUUCCACCAGCUGUUAUGAAGGACUUUGUUGACCACUUUGAAAUGAGAAAACUUCUAGACAGUGUUGAAUCAUGCAUAGUCCAUCUGGACAUCACCAGCCUGGACAUUCAUCAGGUGGUCAGCUUGUGCUGGAGCCAUGGAUUGUAUGAUGCUAUUAUCUAUGUCUAUAACAAAGGAAUGAAUGACUUCACUAGCCCUCUGGAGCAGCUCUUGGCACAGCUUGGCUCUGCACUGGCCACUGGCAAACAACUCACAGAUGUACACAUCAAGUUGGGGAAUAAAUUAUUAGUUUACAUCAGCUGCUGUCUAGCAGGAAGAGCUUAUCCUCUAGGGGACAUUCCAGAAGAUCAAGUAUUGGUAGUCAAAGAUCAGGUAUUUCGCUGCUUGACAUGUCUUCAUACAAACAAUCCUAAAGAUGAUGAACCAAUGUAUCCCUACCUACAGACUUUGCUCAAAUUUGAUACACGGGAAUUUUUAAAUGUCUUAGCUCUGGCUUUUGAGGAACCUGAAUUCAAUACCAAUGAAGGCAUUCAAAAACGUCAGAGGGUUGUUGAUAUUCUAUUAAAGAUUAUGGUGGAAAGUGUUGGCUUUACACCCACACAAAUUGGUAUUUUAUUUACAUUCCUCGCUAGACAAAUGGCCAGACAUGAAAAUACAAUACAUGUCAAUAAGGUUUUGUUUGAACAGGUUCUAGAGUUUUUGGCUAACCCUGAAGAUGAAUCCAGGCAUGAAGAAAGGCAACAGGCUCUGAUGGAGUUAUUACAAGCCGGAGGCUUGGCUCAGUUUAAUGAAGGACGUUUGCUUAGUUUGGCCCACACUGCUAAAUUUUAUCGGGUAUGUGAAUAUUUAUAUGAAAAACGAAGAAGCUUUGACAGAAUCCUUACAUGUUACUUGAAAGAUCCAGCUAGGAGGUACCAUGUGUUUACAUUCAUAGACAGUAUCAUGCAAAGCUCCACAUGUACAGCAGAAGAAAAAGCUGCACUUCAGGAAGAAGCUUUGAAAAAUUUGGAGGACUUAGUGAGCAUAGAUUGCAAACAAGCAGCAUCAACAGUUAUCUCCUGUUUAUCAAGUGGGUUACUGGAUAUUACCAGAAGACUUAGUUCAAACAAAACUCUUCUCUUUGAGUUCCUACAGGGUGUCAUGUUCUACAGAGAUCUUCAGGGCAGUGCUUUGAAGCCUGAGAAGCAAAUGUCAAUAGAGCCUCAGGUCUCAGAGUUGUACAUUGACCUCAUGUGUAGCUACAAGCCUCAAGAUGUGUGUGGUUUCAUCAAACUGAAUGAAGGUUACAGAUUAGAGGAAACAUUGGAAAUUGUACGUAAACACAAAGCAUGGGAGGCUACUGCUUACUUACUGGAGAAAGCUGGAGACAUUCAGGGAGCUUUUAGAAUUUUGUUAGAGAAUCUUCAAAACCAUCUCAAGACUUUAAGUCAACAAUUACAAGAGUCAUCUGUUGACGCAUCUGGUCUCCAGGUUUUGUUCUCUAAAGCUGAAACCAGAUUGUACAUCAUCGUCCAGCUGUGUCAAAGAAACUCGGCCAAAAUUGAUGAGGCUGCAAGGGAGGCUUUAUGGUUCCCAUUGCUUGAGGCUAUUGUAGCACCACAGAGGAAAUUGAAGAACUCAGUGGACAAGAGUGCUUUAGAUACAUUUAAAGACAUGACACAUCAUGUUUUGAAUAGCAUGAUGGGAUACAUCUCACCACCUGCCAUAUUGCAGAAAAUAAUGCAGGAUCCAGCUUACAAUACUGGAAAGUUUGGUGAAGUAAAAGAAUUAAUCAUAGGCAUGUUGGAAAACUACAAUUAUGAAGAGACACUAAUGGAAACCUGUAAGAACCUUCUUUAUCAUGAUCUACAUGUUCAUCUCCGAAGUCUAACGCAAACAGCCAUGAGAGGAUUUGUACCUCGGGAAAACUCCUGCAAUGUGUGCAAUCAAACCUUCAAUGACUCCUCCCCCACAGAGACCAUCAUUGUGUUCAGAUGUGGACAUACCUACCAUACACCUUGCCUCCGAGCUGUUGGCUCCAUACAUGUGUUGGAAGGAGAGGAAGUUUGGGUCUGCUACCAGUGCAGCAACACACGCCGGUCUCGUAAUGUAACUAGUACCAGAUUUCAUCGGUCCCUUUCCAACCCCAGUCAGGCUGCACUGAUUGGACGCAAGGACAAAAAAGAAAAUGCUGAGCCUCUUUUAGACCCACACCACAUGCAGGCCUUUGAAGCUCUCAUUAAAUCCAUGAAGACGCCAUCAAGGCUGGCUAUUCUGACAGAACUUGCCAAACCAGAAACUGCUAGUGGACGUCCAUCCAGCACUGGUUUACUUAAGCAUGAAAAUUUUCAGCUACGGGUGGCAGCACCAUGUCCAUUUACAGUUGUGUAGUAGAAAGUAUGUGUGUGCAAACUACUUAAGUGUGUCCUCUUUUUUCAUUCCAACAUUAGGUGCAGUGUGAUCAUUUCUUAUGUCUUAAUUUAUAGGUUCAAAACACUUAUGGGAGGGAGAUUUUAUUGUUGUUCUAGGAAUUUCUGAGACUCAUCCUUCUAAGUGACAUUUUGUAUUAGACAGUAGUUUAAGUGAUAACACAUUUUUAAAAAAUUAGUGAUCCAAUAUACUUAAAAGUCAUUAGCUAAACAAUAAUUUCUUUAAAAAAGUACCAGAUUUUUAAUCUUAUUAAUUUAAAACAUGAACCCAGAUUGUCCAGUGCUUGGUCCUUAUUGCUACCUUUUUUUGUAUGUGGCUUCACUCAAACCAAAUUUAAAUAUAAGCAUUUAUCAUUGUAUUGUAUUUUCUUUGUUUUGGAGUCCAUAUGCAGAGAUCUUCAUGGAUGUGGCCAUCCAAUUGUGUGCAGUCUUUAUAUAACUAGAUGUUUGUUAACACCUUGACAACUAUGGCCAGAUAUUAUCUUGUGCUUGUCAACCCAGUUCAGUGGCUACCUGAUAUGUAAAAGCCCUAUAACACUCUUGUUGAUCAUUGGCCUAUAAAAAAGGAAAUUUUCCCUAACCCACUUUUUUCUUAGAGUAGACUUUUCAAUUUUCUGUUCACAUUACCCACAAAGUUAAUUUACUACUUUUAAAAGCUUGUCUUCUAUUGACAAAAUAUUAUUUGACAUCACUCAGAUCAUGAAAAGCCUUAAAAAAGUUCAAUCCAUAUCAUAUAAGCAUAGAAUGGAUUGCUGUAGUUUAGUAGUACAAAAAAUCUUGUUUCUGGUUUAAAACCUGUCCAUAUUUUGACUGAUUGACUUGAACAUUGUCAUUUUCUGUACAUUGCCAAGACAAAAUGUUAUAGAGAUGAAAGACAAGACAGUGAUAUGUUCCAACUCAAACUUAAUAUUUCAAAUAAAAAAAUAAUCAUUUACUUUACAGUCUCUGGUGAAGAGAAAAAUUUUAAAUGCUUAGGAUUUUCUUGGUUAUUGUUUUGCGAUAAGAAGAUUCUCUUGAUGAAAGAUUAUGAGAUAGUGAAAGAGGUAGUGGUGGUUUAUUUCUAACUUAACUUACUAAUCAAAAUAUAUUAAGGACAAAGUGAAUUUCAGAUGUGGUUUAAUUAAAUUUGAAUUAUUUGAGAUAUCAAGAUUACACCAAAGAAUACAGAUAUACAAUAGAAUCUACAGCUAGAACUAACCUCUUGAAAAUGUCAGGUUACAUAGGCUACUUUUGGGUUGUCACCACUCACAUGUUAGGAUGAUAAUGUGUUCUCAUCAUUUCAAAUUUUCCUAAUAUUUUUUCAUCACAUUUUUAUUCUUUAAUAGGUCUUUUUUCUUUAGUCUGUUGUUAUUGAAUGACUAUUGAUAAGACUUUUCUCCAAUGUUUAGUAUUUAUUAAUGAGACUGUUCAUGUAUAAACUCAUUAAGUGAUACUGUGUUAGCUCUUAAUUGUGUUUUUUGUUGUUUUAAAACAUUUCAUUUGUAAUUGAACUGAAUCAUUGGUUGGUAUUUGGUAAACAUGAUGUAUUGUUCUAACUGGCAUUGUUCGUUCAUUUACAAAGAAUGCUCAUUGCCAUAUUCAAAAGAAAACUGUUUAAACCUUGUGUGCAAUAUAAUCGACUCAAUAAAGAAAUCAUGGAUAUAGUU